AUGGUGGAGGUGUUUCAGGGCGUAACUCGAGGCUGCAUUGUGUCCCCACGUGGCUGUGGAGGCUUCGGUUGGGAUUCGUGCUUCGCACCGAUAGAAGCAACAAAGGGACAAACCUACGCAGAGAUGUCGGCAGAUGAGAAGAACGCCAUCUCACAUCGCUCCAAGGCCGUGAAGAAAUUGCGUUCAUUGUUGGAUCGUCUCCGCUCUUCGUCCUCUACUUUUACUUCGUGA